AUGCGUCAUAAACUCCUCCUCCUUACAAUGUGCUCCACUGUAGCAGCACAGUUUGGCAAUCUAUUCGGCGGAUUGUUCGGCGGUGGAUGCCAAUGCGCACCUCCUUGCAUCCCCAUGAUGUGUGCUCCAAUGGGAGGAAUGGGAGGAUUCGGCGGCGGAUAUGGUGGUGGUGGUUAUCCAGGAGGAGGAGGUGGUGGUCCGGCUUUGCCUCCUUCUGCCAUCAUUGUUGUCCCUACAGGUCCUUCAGGCGGAGGAGGUGGACCAGGAGCAUACGCCACUGCAGGACCAGGAGGAGCAGGUUUCGGUCCAGGAGGAGUAGGAGGCUACGGUCCAGGAGCAGGAGGAGGCUACGGUCCAGGAGGACCUGGCGGCCCAGUAGUAGGAGGCUACGGUCCAGAGGCAGCAUAUGCCGGUGCAGGACCUGGAGGAGGAGGAGGUCUUGGAGGACCUGGCGGAGGAGGAGGCUUUGGAGCGGAAGCGAAGCUGGAGGAGAUUUUACUCUUCGAGAAAGAAAGUGGGGACCUGGAGUAUAAGUUUUGCUUCGGGUUUUGUCAGGCCACCAAAGACUCUCUCCAGUACUCAUCACUCUAA